UUAAACGAGUUGUAUUAGCUCACCAACAGUGCCUUAAAACGCGGUGUAGACGGAGGUAAAAGGGGGAAUCCAGAGCGGUUGUAAAACUUCCGCUAAAUGAAAUGGGUUUACUGUGGCGCAGCUAUGGGCUUUUUGCCCUGGUCACCCUGAUGGGCGUGUUGGCCCAGUACGAAUGGCAACCAAAGGACGCGUUCGACGAGAUCAAGGUGCGGUUCGACAAGGUGAACGGAGACAACUGUCCGAUUUUACCGCCUCGGGAUUUAACGCUGCCGGAGGAAAGCGUUUCUCAUCUGCCGGACAUAAAGGAAGUUAACAUUAAUCCCGUGUUUCCGAAUCGAACGGCCCUGCUGCACCUGCACAACAUGGCACUGAGCCGUGCGUUCUUCUGGAGCUACAUUCUGCAGAGUCGCUUCAUCCGGCCGGCCAUAAACGAUACAUACGAUCCGGGCAUGAUGUACUACUUCCUGUCGACCGUUGCAGACGUGUCGUCCAAUCGGCACAUUAACGCGUCCGCCAUCUACUUCGCACCGAACUCGUCGUUUUCCUCCUCUUACCGUGGGUUCUUCAACAAAACGUUCCCCCGUUUUGCACCGCGCACCUACCGGGAGGAUGAUUUUAACGAUCCGAUUCAUCUGGAGAAAAUUUCCACCCUGAACACGUUCUACGUUCGCGAUCUCGGUGCGUUUCCACCGGAUUCGGCCUUGCACGACUAUACGAUUAAGAACUACCAUAUCAACGAGUGGUACAAUGCGUGGUUGCCGGAUAAUGUGGAAAAGCGGCACGAUACGAAAACGACAUAUCAGGUGGAAAUCCGAUACGCAAACAACACGAACGAAACGUUCACGUUCCAUGGGCCACCGGGGGCGGACGAAGAUCCGGGACCGGUAAAGUUUACCAAACCGUACUUUGACUGUCGUCGAUCCAACAAGUGGCUUGUGGCGGCUGUUACACCGAUUGCCGAUAUAUACCCGCGUCAUACACAGUUCCGGCACAUCGAAUACCCGACGUAUACGGCCGUUUCGGUGCUAGAAAUGGAUUUCGAACGAAUCGAUAUAAACCAAUGCCCGAAAGGUGAAGGUAACAAAGGUCCAAACGUGUUUGCCGAUACGGCACGCUGCAAAAAGGAAACAACCGAGUGUGAACCGAUCGAUGGUUGGGGAUUCCGUAGAGGCGGGUACCAGUGUCGCUGUAAACCGGGGCACCGCUUACCGGGCGUUGUCCGGAGGCCCUACUUGGGCGAGAUACUCGAGCGUGCAUCGGACGAACAGUUUUACAAUGGGUUCGAUUGCAUGAAGAUAGGAUGGGUUCAAAAGGUACCGAUCAAGUGGUUCCGGGCCCCGACGUACGUACGGGAACAGUACCUGAAUCGGUACUACGAGUACAAAAACUACACAACCGGCCCGAGCUCGCUGCAUUCCCACAAGCUCAACAUAAACGAGGUGCUCAAGUUCAUUCUGGGCGUAAAUGAACGUUCGUGCAAGAACUAUCAUCCGCAGGAUCUGAUGCUGACCGGGGAGUUUGCGUACGAAGCGCAAAAGCAGUUUGAAAACGAAGCCAAAAUGGCGAUUCGGCUGGCGAACUUUAUCAGUGCGUUCCUGCAGAUAUCGGACCCGACCGAGGUGUAUUCGGGCAAGCGAGUUGCCGAUAAACCUUUGACCGAGGAUCAAAUGAUGGGCGAAACGUUGGCGCUGGUGCUCGGCAAUACACGCAUCUGGUCUGCGGCCACAAUGUGGGAUCGGCGAAAGUUUCCCAACCGCACACUGUUCGGACCGUACGCGUACAAACGUGAGCUAAACACGCGCAAGUUCAACAUGGAAGAUUUGGCACGGUACAACAAAACGGGCGAAGAGUACAUCGAUAAACCGUACUUCCGGCUGCUGAAACAGCGAUGGGCAACGAAUUUUGAUUCGCUCGAAAAGUAUUACCUGAAGAUCCGGUUGCGCCACAAUGAGACGGGCGAGUAUGCGCAACGGUACGAGCAUUUCCCGAACUUUUAUCACGCGGCCACGAUGGAUCAUGGCUAUUGGACGACGCCCGAGUUUGAUUGUCAGGGAUAUGUGAAGAAGUGGCUCAUAACGUACGCGGUACCAUUCUUCGGCUGGGACAGCCUGAAGGUGAAGCUGGAAUUCAAGGGAGUCGUUGCAGUUUCAAUGAACAUGCUCCAGCUGGAUAUCAACCAAUGUCCGGAUGAUUAUUACGAACCGAAUGCAUUCAAAAACACUCACAAAUGCGACGAGAAGUCUUCAUACUGCGUUCCGAUCCUUGGCCGUGGGUACGAAACGGGCGGCUAUAAGUGCGAGUGUCUGCAAGGAUUCGAGUACCCGUACGAGGAUCUGAUCACCUACUAUGACGGGCAGCUGGUCGAGGCCGAGUUUGAGAACAUCGUGAAUGAUAAAGAAUCACGCUUCGAAACGUUCAAGUGCCGUCUGGCCGGAGCAGCCGCACUGCAGGUGCAGUUUACCAUCCUAGCCUUUGUGAUGCUCAUUGGUUGGAUUUUGCUGCGCCGGAAUCAAUGUUAGUAGCGGAUGUUUACUGUGUCCGGGGAUGAUGAUCCCUUUCCCGGUGUAGGAAAAACACUAGCGUAUAGGCAAUUAAUGUUAGCAAUCCAUAUCGCACGGUACAGUCGAUAGAGGUGACAAUUUUACACAUUCUCAGCGCUAAGCGGCGCUCGCGAAAGCGCACCCCAUUCCAUCCAAUAUGCAACGAAAGUGCAUCUCGAACCACUAGGGUAAAAUUGCUAGAUGUAAAUGAUAGGGCUCAACACAUUCUUACCAGCAGUAAGAUUUAUUCCAUCCAAUCUAGAAAGAUAGCGUAUAACAUGUACACAACAGUAAUUGGUGCCGUCCGGACGUGUUUUGUCGCACGCAAAGCAUUAGGUAUUAAAUAGCUGCGCACCGUUUACGCGUGGCAGCCACAUUGUGCCCAUAGUUUAGUGAAGGUUUUUACUUUAUAUACACAGCCAGAAGCUCUUUAAUGCUUCCCGAAUUUAUUUUUUUAUUACCUGUGUAUCUCGAAUCUCCGACUAGGAAGAUACCUGUUUUAUAUCAAUUAAUUAACAGUGAAGGAAUAAAUUCUCAACUUUAACCAAGA